AUGUCGUCGACCGCCGGUCUUCCCCAGCUCUGGGACGGCUUCCAACUGCGCACCUCGCCCGAAGCCUACGUAUUCGAGCCCACCGCCAAGUCAGGUGCCGAGGUGCUCGUGAUUGAUCGAAAUGACAGCUCCGUCCGCCUUGCCAAGCCAGGAGCCGCACCCGGUGGCGACAAGACCAUGUCCGUCCACGGCAUCGUCGGUAUCAUCAAAUUGCACAAAUCCGAAUUCCUCGUCGUCAUCACCAGUAAGAAAAAGGUAGCCGAGAUCGGUGGUGCAGACGUCUACAUGGCCACCGAGUUCCGCACGCUUCCCGUGGACAAGGACGCCAACCCCUCGCUGCUCAAACAUCCGGUCGAAAAAACGCUCCUUGGUCUGCUCAAGGCGCAUCUCUACAGUGCUCCCUUUUACUUCAGCUACGGCUACGAUCUCACCAGCAGCAUGCAGCGUCAAGCCGGUCUCGCAGAUCAGUCGGCCCCUCUCUGGCAGCGUACCGACGAACGCUUCUUUUGGAACCGCUUCUUGAUGCAAAAGUUUAUCGAGACCGCCCAGUCUGGCAGCCAGGAUCUGUCGCGCUUUAUCCUUCCGUGCGUAUUUGGUUUCCUCGAGGUCAAGGAGGUCAACAUCAACGACCAUGCUUUCGUUCUGGGCCUCAUUGCUCGUCGUUCGCGUCACCGCGUAGGCACGCGCUACUUUUCCCGAGGCAUUGACCUGGACGGCAACGUCUCCAACUUCAACGAGACCGAGCAAUUCGUCAUCACCAACCCCAAGGGCGGAUCGACCAUGACCAAGGCGAACGGCAGCAUCCGCAAGAGCUACAUUCAGACCCGAGGCAGUGUACCCGUCUUCUGGGCAGAGGUCAACAACCUGCGCUACAAGCCCGAUUUGCAGAUCAUGGACAAGCCCGAGACAACGGAAGCGACGCGUCGUCACUUUGAGGACCAGGUGGCCAGAUACGGAGACAACUACCUCGUCAACCUGGUCAACCAAAAGGGCUACGAGAAGCCCGUCAAGGAGGCCUACGAGCGCGCCGUCGAGAAGCUGCACAACCCCCAGGUGCACUACACGUACUACGACUUCCACCACGAGUGCAAAGGCAUGAAGUUUGAGCGCGUCAUGGACCUUGUCGAGCGGCUGCAGACCAAGGGUCUGAAGAGCAACGACUACUUUGCCGUCGAGGGGGGCACGGUGGUGAGCCAGCAGCGAUCCGUCGUGCGUACCAACUGCAUGGACUGUCUCGACCGCACCAAUGUGGUGCAAGGCACCUUGGCGCGUUGGAUCCUCAACGAGCAGCUGCGAUCCAUCGGAAUCCUGUCGGGCGGCGAACAAGUCGAGACGAAGUCCGAGUUCAUGCACGUCUACCGUAACGUGUGGGCCGACCACGCCGACGUCAUCUCCAAAGCGUAUAGUGGCACUGGCGCGCUCAAGACCGAUUUUACCCGAACGGGCAAGCGAUCCAAGGAGGGCGCGUUGCAAGACGGUGUCAACUCGGUCACGCGCUACAUUAAGAACAACUACUUCGACGGCGCUCGACAGGAUGCGUAUGACCUCUUCACAGGUGCCUGGGAGCCAUCCAAGGGCCUUCCGACCCCUGACCAGCGCGCAUUGCUGGUGCGGGCCAUGCCGUGGGUCUUCCUAUUCGCACUCACCAUGAUCUUUGCCAGCCUGCUGCUUCCUCGUCACACAGCAGCGCAGACCGUCGCUUCGGUGGGCGGGCCGAGCGUUGGAGAUGCUGUCAAACAGUCGGGCGCCUGGUCGCACGUCUACUUUUUCACCCUGUGGUUGGUGGUCGCUGUCGGCAGUGCCCAGUACAUGAUCUCGAGAGGGCUGGACUACGUCGCUUGGCCAACGCUCAACCGACCUGACGAGACCAUCUUCUACGAUGGACCCGGGUUCAAGUCCGGCGCCAAGGGGCGAACGGGUAUCAUCAACCCGUUGAAGACGGGCAAGUCGCAGAAUGGGAGUGAAAAGGCAGCCGCAAGCAGCAACGCUGGAAGGAGAGGCCAGGCUUAUUCGGUGCCUUCGUGA